GAAAAGAAAAAUGCCUAGGUAUGAUGACCGCCGCAGUAGUGGUACACGCCUUUAUGUUGGUCACUUGUCUUCGAGGACAAGGUCACGUGAUCUUGAGGACAUGUUUAGGAGAUAUGGGAGGUCUCUUGGCUUUUGCCUAACAUGGAGGUCUAUGGUGAGAGGGUCCAUGGUGGAUUUGGCCAGUCUUUCUAGUGUUAUUGCCUGUUUUUAUCGAAAUGGAACAAUAUCAAAAGUGGUGUUUUUGAUUCAACUCUGAGGGGCGAACUCUCAACCCUUCGAUAAUUGUGUCUUGAUGGCCUUUCUGUUUCUGGCACCCCUUUACGCAGAAUACGUGAUGUGGAUAUGAAGCGUGACUAUGCAUUCGUUGAAUUCAGUGACCCUAGAGAUGCUGAUGAUGCAAGAUAUUCAUUGAAUGGUAGAGACCUUGACGGAAGCCGUAUAGUUGUUGAAUUUGCCAAGGGGGUGCCUCGUGGCCCUGGUGGGUCUCGUGAUUACCCUGGAAGAGGUCCUGCUCCUGGAGCAGGGCGCUGCUUCAACUGUGGAAUUGAUGGUCACUGGGCUCGUGAUUGCAAAGCUGGGGAUUGGAAGAAUAAGUGUUAUCGCUGUGGUGAACGAGGCCAUAUCGAAAGAAAUUGUCAAAACAGUCCAAAGAAACUGAGCCGUCGACCUCGCAGUUACUCACGUUCACCUAGUCCUCGCCGUGGAAGAAGCAGAAGCCGCAGUUAUAGUAGGGGACGUAGCAACAGUAGAUCGAGAACACCUGUGAAGAGAGAACAAGGUUUCGAGCGCGAUGAUAGAAGAUCGAGGAGUCCUAAGUCCCACAGGGGUUCUCCUUUGCCACCCAGAGGCCGGAAGCAUGGUCCAACUCUCGACGAAAGAAGCCCACAAGAGGGAGGUAGUCCUUCCUCGAGAGAUCGGAGGCACACCAAUGGCUCCAAAUACAGCCCCAGGGAAAGGAGCCAAAGCCCAGAUCAUGAAGCUGAUGCUGAGGACAGGGCUUAUAGGAGUUCCACAAAAGAAAACGGCCAGAGUCAUAGCCCUAGCCCAGUACCAAGGGAGGAUCGGAGCCCGAUUUACAAUGAUGAUGAUGAUAAUAAUCGGGCUUCUAGACGCAGUGAAUCAAAUUAAGCGGAGGCGUAGAUUGGUGUGUGUUGAAGUCCUUAGUGAUCAGCCGUGAUUUGCAAUAAGAACUUGGAGUUUUGUAUGGAUGGAUAUUUUUUUCUUUUUUGUUGAAUAGUAAGCACUGUUAAGAUUUAUUAAAAGCCUAUUUUUAUAAACAGUUGACAAUUACUGCAAUAACUAUGAAACUAUUAAUAUAUAUACUCAAUAGAAGUGAUGGUUCA